GAGAGAGAGAGAGAGAGAGAGAGAGAGAGGAGAGAGAGAGAAGAGAGAAGAGAGAGAGAGAGAGGAGAGAGAGAGAGAGAAGAGAGAGAGAGAGAGAGAGGAGACGAGGAGAGAGAGAGAGAGAACGAGAGAGUCAAUGGUCUUGUCGUGUACGGACGCAGUCACCUCAACGCGUCUGCGAUGAUAAAAGGGCUCAAAGGCAACAUCAUCAAGAUCAUUUUGCUGAGGUAA